UAGCAGUGAUGGCGCCCUUCCGUUGGGGCCGAUCUCUACUCGAGUCCUAUCCGUCGGUCUUCUCGUUCGGCAGAUUUACAAAGACUGGUCCGACACGCGAGCAGAUAAUGGCCGCAACCUUUAGAUUGCUUAUUGUAGGCAAAGGUUGGAGCGAGAAGUUGUCCGAACCCACCGACAAACCCACGGAGACGCCCAAUAAGACUGUUAUGGUUGAAGUGACCGGUUUUGAUCCGGGAUAUCGGGCCACCAGUACUUGUUUGGUUCAGUCGGGCAUUACUGGCGGUGUGUUUACUCCGGGCUUACUAUUCGAAGGCACCGGUAUUUUCGAUCGCCUAAAAGCACACAAUCUUUACAUUAAUUUGGUUGACAAA